CAUAAUGCGGUACAAAGCAUCUUUAUAUCCUGAUCAUUAUAAUGCAUUAUGAAGGCAUGUAUAAUGCAUUAUAGAUGACAGCUUUAAGUAAAGUGUUACCAGAAGUUUUAACAGUCCUCUGAUUUUGAUCACAUGCCUUCUUGCUUUCAGUGCUUGACACAUCAGUGCGCAUGGGAUAUAUUCACUUUCUCCCACUUCAUUGACUUGAUUUUGUUCCACUUGUCUUCCAGUUUCUUCCACAGUUGGGUAACUGUAGUGGGUUUGUUUGCCAUAAUCUCAUCGCCAUUUAUCUUCCAGAGAUUCUACAGACCGCCAUAGAUCUACAGACCAGUCUGGCACCAGGAAGUAUUGAUGGCCACACUAUGACUUUAUUCUCCUUUUAUGCCCAUAGCAACCAAGGAGUUGAGGGUGUUUUUUAUAGCAUGGAGUGGUGAAUUGGGCAUUGAAAUACUUUAAUUUCAGAAAGCGAUUCUUCUGUUUGUACCAUGGGAGGAAAUGGUCAGUUAGGAACUCUUGUAAAGGUCAUUUUGACAUGCUGAGGGACCUAUAUGGGACCUACCAUUUCACUCCCAUAUUGCAGCCCAAGACAUCACUCUGCUACCUCCUUCUGACGUCAGUCUUGUUGGGACAGGAUGGCCAUUUACCAACCAUCCAGAACUCCAUCUAACUGAACUAUCCAGCGUAGCACAGCAUUCAUUAAUGAAUAAAAAUUAAUUUAAAUGUUUAAUUAAUUAGUCAUCAUGGAUUUCUGCACCAAAAUACAGCUUUAUGCCUGAUCAGCUAAGCUAAUUAACAAACCUACCUGAGACUGAUACCAGUUAUUUUAAAAAGAUAUGGAAAAAAAACUUGCAUCUUGCACUGAGAAACUAAGAACUAAAUGAUUAUUUUACUGAUAUGUCGCAUAAUAAUUUGGGCACUACGGUACUUGGAGUGCAAUGAUCACGAUAACUGGGCGACUGGUCUUCCUGCACAGUCCAUCGAUAAGCUCAUCCCCUGAGGUGAAUCAUUCAGUUAAACCCAGUCAUCGAGCUGAACUGACCAACCAAGCUGACAUGGUUUGCUUGAAGCCACCCUGCAGUCCCAGGACAAGACCAAGCUGGUUACACAUUGUGUCUGUGUGCAUCUCUUCAUCGGCUAUAAGUAAAUCUUGUGCAACAUUACAAUCUAGACUGAACAAGUUUAAUAAGAGUAGGAAGCCUUGAAAUACUAAGAACAGUCUAAAUGAUCUGGAUAUCAUUGAACAUUCUAAAGCAAUCCUUAAACUAAAUAUCUUGGAGUGAGAUUCAAUUAGCUUUUGUCUAACAGGGCAAGUAACUCUCUGUGCUCAUAAUAAUAAUUCAAAACCUUUGGCCGUCCAACUGGAUUCUGUGGCUGGGCCAGUGGGCGGCUCCUUACAGUAUUUAAUUCAUUUUCAAAUACUCGGCAAUGUGUUGCAGGUAAUCCUGUUCACUUAUUUUCCAUCUUGACACUGAAGUUGUAACACACUCCUGAAUUCAUCGCGUUACACUACAGAUAUUUUUACUUUUGAAAUUUCCGGUUAAAGGAAAUGGUAAGAUGAGGAAGUACAAGCAGCUCAGAGUCUUCAUAUUUCUAGGCAAAAUUAACAUGGUUAUGAGCCAUUAUGGAAGUCGAUACUAAGUUUCUUAAAACUCUGAGAGGUAGCCUGAAAAUUGUAGAGAUGCUGGCCACCUUCGUAGCGUUUCUGUCUUUCGCGGUGGCUGCGGAGAGGCCGUACAUGGCCGCCGCCGGAAUUGAGUUCUGCAUCACGCUGGCGUUUCUUCUGCUCUACUUAUUAAAGUUCAACAAGAGGUUCACUUACUUAUGCUGGCCUCUAAUGGAUGUUGCCAACUCACUUGUUGCAGCCGUCUUCAUCUUCAUCUUAAGUCUUGUAGCUGUCGUCACUUAUUCAACUAAAGGUACUUUGAUUGGAGGGAUUUUUUUGACGAUGUCGGCUUGCCUUUGGAGUGUGGACGGCAUCCUUCUUUUCAGGAAGAUCUUCAACAAGGCCACAAAUACCGUAAAUUAAAGACAACGAAGCAUGAACUCUGCCUAUCUUUAAUUACACCCACAAAAAGAACGAUAAACCACGCGUAUGGAUCAUAUUGGCAUAAUGUAAAAAAGUAAUAUGACAAUGAAAGUAGCGAUAAACAGCAUUUCUAAAUACUAUACGACAUUACACAUGAAUCACGGAUCUUUAUGGGGAGGGGCAGUUCACAUUGCAAUACGGUAUUACGUUUUAUUAUUAUUAUUAUUAUUAUUAUUAUUAUAAAUAACAAUAAUAAUGAUAUCGAUUGUUAAUAAAAUUCACAUUUGAUACUACUAAUAAAUUGCUCCUAAAGUA